AUGACUAGUAUGUUUUCGUCGGACCCUCGGACCCUUGGUAUAGUUACUACUAUAGUUCCGUCGAGGAUCGCACCUUAUAUUGAUGCACCAGAACAAGCACCAGACUACUUGGCGAUGCUUACUGCGCCCGGAAUUCUUCUCCACCAACUGGAUCUCAAAAUAAGUUGCAUAUGUGCCAUACGACACAACCUCUCGGUGAAAAGGGAUCGCUUCGCUCGCAACUUGAAGAGGUCGGAAGUUCGCACGAAGUCUGAUGUGGCACUUGCAGUUAGGCUCGUAACCAUCUCUGAGAUGGCUGUCAGGACAUUGCAAAUUAUCACGCCACAUAUAGUCUAUGACCUCCGAGCCAUUGCAUCUUGGUCGGGCAUCUACUUGUUAGACCACAAAUAUUAUUUCGCCCUCAAGGGCGGCUUGGUCCCUCUGGAGUUCCUUUCGGAUAAGCGUCUUACGCAGCAACAUGUUGAUUUCAUGACAAAGUUGAUCGGGUAUCCGCCGCAACGGUGGCAUUUCACCUUGGUGAGGGAAAAGGCCGCUGAGGAUGAGGGCUACGUUUACUGGGCAAUCAAUGGGCGAAAUGCCGAGCGUGAGGCGGUUGAGCGUAUUAAAGCGUCUACCACUGGGGCUUCUGAGAUCUAUGCCAUCCAACUUGGUGGUAUCGAUGACAAGAGCGAGCGAAGUCAGAGCGGGGCAGAGCUGAAGCAACCCUAUUAG